AUGCCGGACCAAUGGUCCCCGGUCGACCGCUGUUGCGCCAAGCGCAGCAAUGACGAAUGCGCAGGAAUGUUCGCAAAGAAACAGAGGACAUCCACAACACAGGUUGAUAAUACAAAUGCACCAAUAAAACUCCCUAGGCAAGGGACACAACACAUACCCGCCCCGCCGCAAAGUAGCCCAUCUGCUACAAAGCAGGGCGGUGCGACAACGGCAGAAGCACUGCAAAAUUUCUCAACGGAAAAUGAGAUUCUGGACCUGUUUGCCAUCCUUGAACAGAUGGUCGUCCUCUGGGUUGGGGAAUGUCUGCCGGAUGUAUUGCCACCCGAUUUCAUAACGACCAAACCUGAAAUAUACUGGGAGCUCUGUGGCUGGACCAAGCCUAUGUCGGCGCUUGGGCGGAAUUUGCUCCAAAACCGAUCAUGGGCCAAGCAUGUAUACGAAUCAUGGGUCUGGCGGUUUUUUUAUCAAGAGAUCUUCCACAUCGAUUCGCUUGUUUGGGCGGGCUUUGACGUCCCCAUCACUGUGGGGGGACUCGGCGGAGUCGGAAGGGCGACCAACAGGCAGUUCGAGUUCCUGAAAGAAGGAGAACAGAAGAUCACUCGUGAUGAGUAUCAAAAACGCAUACGGUCAAGAGCGGCUACGAUGAGACGAGUACAGGAAGAAGGUGCGGUCACCGAUUCCGUACAACGCGCAGUAUCAGGAUGGCUCGUCGAAGAGAUGCUUGCCGCCUUCUACCCAUACUUCGCAGAUGAGUACCAUCCUGUCGAUCACCCUCAAAACGCCGAGGUGCUCAUUAGGGACACGUUGUUAUUGGUCUUGAAGGCUCAAGAACUCGACGAGAAAUUGAGGAGCGCCAGACAUGUGUACGAAAUUGUUGGUGGCAAAGAGCACUACCCGGUCCAAAUCAGCGGGGUUCCCUCGCCGACAAUGCAGAGCUAUCCUGUUAGUCGGAGUGUCGCCCGUGUCCUGGGCGAUGACGACGACAUCGCGCUGAUAGUUGUGCCGGGUCUAGUCAAGAAUAUUGUCCUGCAGUCCGCGGGCGCGAGCCCUCAGUUGAGCAAAGUUGUGCGUCGGUAUGCCAAAGCCUUUACGCAGAUGGACUUGUUCGACGCAAUUGGAAGAGCCUCUUGA